AUGCUACUCCUUCUCUUCCCAUUUCCCAUUAUUACCAAAAUUCUAUUCUCCUCUUUCUUCUUCUUCUUCUUCUUCUUGUCGUUGGUGCUGCUGGUAUUGUUCUCCAAUCAUCAAUGGCGCCACCACCACCUCAAGAGUAAACUCCUUCCUCCUGGUUCAAUGGGUUGGCCUUAUAUUGGUGAGACUCUCAAGCUUUAUACCCAGAAUCCAAAUUCCUUCUUUGCCAACCGCCAAAAAAGGUACGGAGAUAUAUUCAAAACUCACAUAUUGGGGUGUCCCUGUGUCAUGAUUUCAAGCCCCGAGGCGGCGAGGAUAGUUCUUGUGACGCAGGCUCAUCUUUUCAAGCCCACGUAUCCACCCAGCAAAGAGAAAAUGAUAGGCCCUGAGGCUUUGUUCUUUCACCAAGGUGCCUAUCAUUCGAGGUUGAAGAAGCUGGUCCAGGCUUCUCUUUUGCCCUCUGCGAUUAGAGGCUCGGUUUCUGAGAUUGAACAGAUUGUUUUGAGAUUUCUACCCACUUGGGAGAAUACCACCAUUAACACCUUGCAAGAAAUGAAGAGAUACGCUUUUGAUGUGGCAAUGAUUUCGGCCUUUGGACAUAAACGAGAUGAUGAAAUGAAUGGGAUCAAGCAGCUGUAUCAAUGCCUGGAGAACGGUUAUAAUUCCAUGCCUAUAGAUAUUCCAGGAACUCCUUUCCACAAAGCAAUGAAGGCUAGGAAGCAGCUGAAUGAGACCCUGAGAAGAUUGAUACAAGAAAGAAGAGAAAAUGAUGAAGCGGGAGGAGGGUUGCUGGGAAAUCUGUUGAGGGCCAAAAUCCACAAGGUUGAUCAACUCAGUGAUUCCCAGAUUGCUGAUAAUGUUAUUGGAGUUAUCUUUGCUAUUCAUGACUGUUAA